UGUUCCGUUUAGCUGCUUGGCGUGUUUGAAUAACUGUGUCAAAUGUGAACCAAUAGCCGCAUAGUGAAUCAUUGGUUGAACAUUGACCUCUUUUUAAUAUUUUCACUUAAUGCUGUGAGGAGGAGAGCUCUGCUGGAUUCUCUCUCAGCUCCCGUUUGAAUCAAAGAAAAGGGGAAACACUGGUUCUAUUGCUGCGCAGAGGAAGUCAUUCACCUGAGGCGAGAAUGAAGAGAGCUGCGUUGUUUCUGAUCACUGUUUACGUCGCAGUACCUGUCAUUCUCUACCUGUUCCCAUGGAUACUGGGCCACGUAAUAUUCUCUCACCUGUUGAGGUUUCCAUUGUUUGUGGAUCUCAGCAGACCUGAAGACUUGUUGAACCACACAUGCAACUUCUACCUCAACACAGAGGAGGGCGUCUCAGUGGGUGUCUGGCAUACGCUCCCUGCCAGCCAAUGGGAGGAGGCCGCGGGGAGAAGCCCUGAGUGGUACCGGGAAACUCUGGGAGACGGUCGUCCUGUUAUUAUCUAUCUCCAUGGCAACAUGGGGACCAGGGCCAUACAUCACAGAGUGGAGCUGAUGAAGAUUUUAAGUGCUGCAGGGUAUCAUGUCUUAUCUUUAGACUACAGAGGUUUUGGAGACUCCACUGGGGAGCCAAGUGAAGCUGGCCUGACCAGGGACGCCCUCUACCUGUACCACUGGGCGAAGAAACAGAGCAGGGGAGGACUGGUCUGUCUGUGGGGACACUCACUCGGCUCGGGAGUGGCAACAAAUACUGCAGUGAAAGUACAGCAGCAAGGGUCUGCUGUCGACGCUUUAAUCCUCGAGGGAGCAUUCACAACAAUUGGAGAAGUCGUAGUCGUCCAUCCGCUCACGAAGAUGUACAUGUUCUUGCCAGGAUUUGAGAGCUUGCUUUGGAAAAUAUUUGAAAGGAACAACGUUGUGUUCCCAAACAAUGAAAACUUGAAGACUUUGACCAGUCCACUUCUCCUCCUGCAUGCAGAGGACGACGAUAUUGUUCCUUAUCAUAUGGGUCUGAAGCUGCACGAGAUAUCACUCCAGGCUAAGAAAGAACACAACACAGAUGUUCAGGUGGAAAUGAUCUCCUACAGUGCAAAUCGCAGAUACUCCCACAAUUACAUCUACUUAGAUCCCAAUCUCACAAGUGUGGUCGGGAAAUUUCUACGAAACCUGAGAGAGUAGAUAAUCUCUUCCUGCUCCUCAACAAAAAAGAUAAAAAAUAAAACCCAGUAGAUUCCAACAAACAGCUUUAUUUUUUUCUCAAAAUGUGUAUGUUUUAAAACAAAAGCACCGAUUCCACAUAUAAUAUCACACAUUCGUUUUUUUAUUUAAACAUGGGGACAAAGUACUGUAAAUCACAAAUGAACAAAUUCUAUUCUCAGUCAAGUGAUUCUGAUACAGAUGGGAAUACAUCUUUGUUUUAAUCAGUUUUAGUACAGACAGGCUCUGUCACGCAGUAUAUGCAGCAUAAAGUCGCGGGAAUGUGAUUAAAAAUUCUGUUUAGUCAGCUGCUCUGCUGCGGACAUCCUACUGGAUUCCUAAAAUGCAGAAACCCUCCGACCCCGAACUCCAGGAAUGUCAAAUAUGAACAAAUUAUUUGACCUCACUCUCCACAUGGUUUGUUUGUGCUUUAGGACUGUAACAGACAUUUUUUUUUUAAAUGCAAGUGCUUUGACUCAGGUGCUUUGACAAUAAAAAGUGUUCAGAGAAUAAAAACGUGUG